GACCGCAUGUCUGAGCCGGGGGCCCCCACGCAGACGGAGUACGCUCUGCGCCGGCGCUUGCCGCGCCGCCUCCCGCGCCGGCGCAGCGACAUCUACAUCAACAUGAAGACGGAUUUCAAGGCGCAGCUAAGCCGCUGCCAGAAGCUGCUUGCGCCCGGCAGCGGCUGCCCUGAGAUCUGCAUCCACGGGCUGGGGCUGGCUAUCAACCGCGCCAUCAACAUCGCCCUGCAGCUAGAGGCCACCGGCAGCGGGUCCCUGUGCCUGGCGGCAAACACGUCCACCGUGGAGCUGGCCGACGUCGCCGAGCCGGAAGGGGACAGCGAUGAGCCGCUGGCCAGGACACGGAACAACUCCGCCAUCCACAUUCGGGUCUGCCGCGUCGCCCCGGAGUAGCCGCCGGUCCGAACUGCCCCUGCAGCUUGAAUCCCGGUGUCCUGUGUUGUGUAGGAGUGACUGGGCAAGUGGGGGAUCCCUGCCUUUCCAAACUGGUUUUGUCUUUGGUGGCUGAACUGGGCACGAGGUUUGCAGUUUCUCUCUCCGCACAUGGAAAGCACAAUUCUCCAUCUCGCAUGACAGAAUGCCAGCACUAAAUUACAGGCUCGUUUCUCCCCCUUUUCUGGCUGAAUUGGAACACUGUCCUUCCUAUUCUCCAGGACACUGUUGCUGGCCUCGGCCGAGUGUGGACUUCUCUCUGGGGGAAUCGGAGCCACCCUACAGCAGAAGUGGGACCUGUAGUGGAAACAGCUGGUUUUCCCCCUGGCCUGAAAACCAAAUUGUUACCUAAGUGGGGCUUGCAUUUUCUCCUUAGAGGCCUGGUGUUGCAGGCUGACUUCCUUAAUGCUGUGACGUUACUUCCGAACGUUUCCGUGUGCAUGUGUGUCUUGUGGCAUUUUGGAGUGUAUUUUUUGCUUGGAUCUGGGGAAUAAACCCUUGUUUUAACCAGGAGGGGAGAGAG